CCCCGCCCCGCCCCUCGCCCUGAGCUUUUGCCGGCCCGGCCUACUGAUCUCGCCGGCUCCCAGGCCCGCCCCGGCGGACGUGGAGCGCCGCGGAGGCCGCAAGCUUGUCAAAGAUGAAAGUUACCUUAUCAGCUUUGGAUACUUGUGAGACUUCUUUCACGCCUUUAGUAGUCAUAGAACUUGCUCAGGAUGUGAAAGAAGAAACCAAAGAAUGGCUGAAAAACAGAAUUAUUGCUAAAAAGAAAGAUGGAGGCGCCCAGCUGUUGUUUAGACCCUUGUUAAAUAAAUACGAGAAAGAAACGUUAGAAAAUCAAAACUUAUAUCUUGUUGGCGCUUCCAAUAUUAGAUUGCUACUGGGGGCAGAAGCACUGGGCUUGGUAAAAGAGUGCAAUGAUAACACCAUGAGAGCCUUCACAUAUGGAACCCGACAGAACUUCAAAGGUUUUGGUGAUGACAAUGAUGAUUUCCUCACAAUGGCAGAAUGUCAAUUCAUUAUCAAGCAUGAACUUGAAAAUCUUAGAGCCAGAGAUGAAAAGAUGAUCCCUGGUUACCCCCAGGCAAAGUUGUAUCCAGGAAAAUCGUUAUUGAGAAGAUUGAUCACCUCUGGCAUUGUGAUUCAGAUGUUCCCACUGCAUGAUAACGAAGCCCUGAAGAAGCUGGAGGACACCUGGUAUACUCGGCUUACCUUGAAGUAUCAGCCCAUAGACAAUAUCCGUGGCUACUUUGGGGAGACAAUUGCUCUUUACUUUGGAUUUUUGGAAUAUUUCACUUUCGCCUUAAUCCCCAUGGCCAUCAUUGGGUUGCCUUACUACAUGUUUGUGUGGGAAGACUAUGACAAGUAUGUGAUCUUCGCUUCAUUCAACUUGAUCUGGUCCACAGUGAUCCUGGAGGUGUGGAAGCGUGGCUGUGCCACCAUGGCCUACAGAUGGGGGACGCUGGUCAUGAAGAGGCAGUUUGAGGAGCCGCGGCCGGGAUAUCAUGGGGUUCUGGGUAUCAAUCCUGUCACCGGCAGGGAGGAGCCUCUGUACCCCAGCUACAAGAGACAGAUGCGCAUUUACCUCGUCUCUCUGCCCUUUGUGUGCCUCUGUCUCUAUUUCUGUCUGUAUGUCAUGAUGAUUUACUUUGACAUGGAGGACUGGGCCUUGCAGCUGCAUGAGAACAGCGAGUCUGAGUGGACCAGUGUCUUGUUGUAUGUGCCCAGCAUCAUCUAUGCCAUCGUGAUUGAGAUCAUGAACCGCCUCUAUCGAUACGCUGCCGAGUUUUUGACUUCAUGGGAGAAUCACCGAUUGGAAUCUGCCUACCAGAAUCAUCUAAUUCUGAAAGUUUUAGUGUUCGACUUUCUAAAUUGUUUUGCCUCACUCUUCUACAUUGCCUUUGUCCUGAGGGAUAUGAAGCUUUUGCGUCAGAGCUUGGCGACUCUUCUGAUUACCUCACAGAUCCUUAACCAAAUUGUAGAAUCUCUUCUUCCUUACUGGCUUCAAAAGAAGCAUGGCGUACAGGUGAAGAGGAAGGUGCAGGCUUUAAAGGCAGACAUCGAUGUGACAUUAUGUGAGCAAGUCAUCCUGGAAAAAGAAAUGGGGACCUAUUUGGGCACCUUUGAUGAUUAUUUGGAGUUAUUCCUGCAAUUUGGUUAUGUGAGCCUUUUCUCCUGUGUCUACCCAUUAGCAGCUGCCUUCGCUGUGUUAAAUAACUUCACCGAAAUAAAUUCAGACGCCUUAAAAAUGUGCAGGGUCUUCAAACGUCCAUUCUCAGAACCUUCAGCCAGUAUUGGUAUAUGGCAGUUGGCUUUUGAAACAAUGAGUGUUAUAUCUGUGGUCACUAACUGUGCUCUGAUUGGAAUGUCACCACAAGUGAAUGCAAUCUUUCCAGACUCGAAAGUGGACCUAAUUCUGAUUGUCGUGGCAGUAGAGCAUGCACUUCUGGCUUUAAAGUUUAUACUUGCCUUUGCCAUACCUGAUAAACCGCGGCAUAUCCAGAUGAAACUGGCCAGGUUGGAAUUUGAGUCCUUGGAAGCACUCAAGCAGCAGUCCAGUCCAAUCCCUGUCUGAAGAAUUGGCUUCGGGAAUGGUUCCAGUCUUGGGUAGCCAGACUCUUAAGUUACACCUUUGAAUUCCUCAAAGGAGCGAGCACUAAGUUGAAAAUCAAACCCAUUUCCAAAAUCACAAUAUAAUACUGCUGGUUUCUCUUUUGUCUCUGUUUUUGUUCGGUACUUUGAAAAUGUACAGAAAUUAUCUUUCUAAGGAUUAUAAUAAUAUAACUAAAAUCGCUAAGAUAUCGUUAAUAAAGAAACUACUUCAAAAAAUGGUUUUUAGGAGAACUGAAAUUCUCCCUUUAUAUCCUUUGAGAACUCUGAAACCAAGAAGAACUGCUCAUUGUGGUAACAAGCUGUGGUUUUAGGUUUCUUUUGCCAGGGUUAAGAAUUCAAGUACCUAACUUGUGCUUUUAAAUGGUAUGUGGACUUUGCCAGUAUUUUCUGAGUGAAACUUUCUUGUUAAUUAAGAAUGUAUUAAGGCAGGUGGACACUGUAGAGUGUGUUGGCAACUCUUGACUGGAGGGGGGAUGGGAAGAUAGAGAGAGAGGGAAGAUGGCAAAAUUGGCACAAAACGAGAGACUGAAAGGGCUGACUCAAUGGGGGAGAGCAAGUGGGAGAAGGGAGUAAGAUGUAUGUAAACUUACAUGUGACAGACUGAUUGGAAUGGUAAAUGUUCACUUGAAGCUUAAUAAAAAUUAAUUAAAAAAAAAAAAAAAGAAUGUAUUAAGGCACAGAGCCAAUUAACACCCAGGCAUUCCAUCACAGACUCCGAAGAAGCAGGUAGAACACACAGAACCCCAUCAUUUACAGGACCCAUUUGGAAUUUGGCAGACCACGUGUUCAUCUUGAGCCACACGUAAUGGGGUUUGGUUGCUCAAAGGACAUAAUCACGCUUUUGUAGGGGGCCCAAUCUAACAGGGUAGCCCAAUGGAUGAUGUAUGCUUACAACAUGAAGCUUCACUAUGACCUUGUUAGUGACCAUUUUAAUACAUUUCAUGUAGAUUUGUUACACCACUGCUUUAUACUUAGUCUAAACCAGGCUAUAAAAAUAUUUUGGACUGGAAGAAAUGACAGUUGGAUUCUAAACCAUCCUAGCUGUAGAUACUCCUAGCCUCUAAAGACUAAGUACUAAAGAAAAAAAAAAAAAAAAACUCAAAACUUUUUUUGUUAACUCACUCCAGGGUUGAAUAAUCUAUGACUCAGAGAGUUCUAAGUAUUAAAAAAUCGUUUGACAGGAAUUCAUUUUUUUCUAUCUAUGUUGUAUAAAUUAAAUAUCCUAGAACAGAUAUUUCUAACAUUAUUAUUUUCUGGUUAUAAAAGUAAUAUAUACUGGUGGAAAAUACAAAAAAAGUAUAAAGAAAACAAAUUACCUGCAGUCUUACCAUCUCUAAGCUGAGGAGCUAGACAAAGGCCACUUCUAAGGUCCAUCCAGUGCUACAGGGCAGCUCGUCUCCCGGAGACUCAGUAUACACACUGUGGGGCAGGGUGCCCUGUGGUAUUCAGAUGACAGUCAUGUGAUCAGCUGGCACUGUUGUGUAAAAAUAUCCACGUGCCCAAAGAUGGGAAGGGAGUUUGGAAUGUUGUAAAUGGAAUUUAGUGUUCACUUGAUCUUUUUGCUGUAGAGUUGUGAGCUAAUUUUGUUACCUUUUUAAAAGGAUAAGACACAGCUUUGUGGCUAACUAAGGAUAUGAAGAAGUUGUUGGUUUGGGGGAGAGACUCCUCCCAACACACCUGUCUUUAGAGUACAUUCUGGAUCCUUUGACUGUCAGGAAUUGGGUGGUGGGUAAUUCAUCAUGUUAGCCCCUCAGUGUCAUUAUCAGCCAUCACGUAUGUACAAGCGAUCAUCCCCUUUGUGCUAAUGAUUUAUCAGAAUACCAAUGUUACUGUUGUUUCAAAAUUAUAAUCACUGUACGGAUGAUGAUGGCUACUUCUUUGCCUCCGAGAUUUCAGUAUUGGCUCACAACAUUUAAAGAUUUGCCUCUAAAAAUGUGGUCAUGAUCAGCUUUAACAAAACAGCCUGAUGUUUUUAUAAAUGAGUUGCAUGUGGUGAGUGAAAACAGUUGCACAUCACGUGCUUUUGAUGUUUGCCGUGACUGUGCUGCGAAGGCUGUGAUUCAACUUGGAAAAUGUGCAGCCUGCUCAAGACAUCCAUCCAGCGCACAGGAGCAGCAUCCACAGGAGGUGCCGCAGAUCUCAGGAGCCCUAACGUCAUCCUGUGCGUGGACUCAAUCUCUUUCUAGAGGCCCGUUCAGGAGGUGCCAGAAGAUGGCACUGAGUGGUUGCCAUGGCAGAUGAGAUUCUUCCUGCUCACCUGAGAGCUGUGUUUCUGUAAACUGUGAACAUGUUCGUGUUUAUCACAGUGACAGCCUGUGGUUAGCCUGCUUUUAUACUGAUGGGGUUCUGCUCCUGCGUGAUGAUUCCUUCUGUUUUUUCCUCCUUUACCAUGUUGCACUUUCAAGAAUGGUAAAAAUAAUUAUUUCACCUUAAAUACUGUGUGCCACUUGAAGUAAAUAGAGGAAAAUUGUUUUUCUCUUCAGGCCCAAGGAAGCGGAUAAUUAUCCUUGGCAAAGCAGCUGAUGAAAAUCUAGCAAUACCAGAUAAGUUGAUCGAUAAUUAGGAAAUCACAAGUAUAUAUUUGAAGUUGAGAUUCCAGCUCUUUGGCAGAACUCUACUAGUUAAAAAGCAUUAAGGAAUAAUUUUGAAGUUUCUCAUAAAUUACUGGAAAGCUUUAAAAUCUUUAUAACAUCACAACACAAAGGGUUCUGGAAGGUCAAGGGGACUGCAUGGGUUGAGGUGGCCAUCCUCACAUUGCAUCUGGCCAAUUCCUUGUGUGGACUGUUUCAGGAAUUCCUAGGUCCUUCAAUCUAAUUAAUAUAUAGCACCCUGUUGAAGCUGAAGAUAACUAAAACAAGUCCAUGAGAGCCAAAGUACAACACUGAGUAUAUCCCACCUAAAUUUAGAGACCAUCUCAAGAAUAGACUUGAUGCAUUGAACACUAAUGACUGAAGAUCAGACGAGUUGUAGGAUGACAUCAAGGACAUCAUAUAUAAAGCAAAAGGUCAUUAAAAAGACAAAACAGAAAGAAAAAACCAAAAUGGAUAUCAGAAGAGACUCUGAAAUCUGCUCUUGAAUGUGGAGUAGCUAAAGCAAAUGGAAGAAAUGAUGAGGUAAAAGAGCUGAAGAAAAUUUUUCAAAGGGCGGCUCGAGAAGACAAAGUAAAGUAUUAUAAUGAGAUGUGCAGAGACCUGGAGUUAGAAAACCAAAAGGGAAGAACAUGCUCAGCAUUUCUCUAGCUGAAAGAGCUGAAGAAAAAAUUCAAGCUUUGAGUUGAAAUAUUGAAGGAUUCUGUGGGCAAAAUGUUGAACAAUGCAGAAGCAUCAAAAGAAGAUACAAGGAAUACAGAGUCACUAUACCAAAAAGAAUUGGUUGAUAUUCAACCAUUUCAGGAGGUAGCAUAUGAUCAAGAACCAAUGGUACUGAAGGAAGAAGUCCAAGGUGCACUGAAGGCAUUGGUGAAAAACAAGCUUCCAGAAGUUGAUGAAAUACCAAUUGAGAUGUUUCAACAAACACAUGAAACACUGGAAGCACUCCCAGUUCUAAGCCAAGAAAUUUGGAAGACAUCUGCCUGGCCAACUAACUGGAAGAGAUCCGUAUUUGUGCCCAUUCCAAAGAAAAUUAAUCCAACAGAAAUUAUGAAACAAUAUCAUUAAUAUCACACACAAGUAAAACUUUGCUGAAGAUGACUGAAAAACUGUUGCCCACAGGGAACUGCCAGAAAUUCAAGCCAGAUUCAGAAGAAGACGUGAAAUGAGGAAUAUCAUUGCUGAAAUCAGAUGGAUCUUGGCUGAAAGCAGACACUACCAGAAAGAUGUUUACCUGUGUUUUAUUGACUAUACAAAGACAUUCAACUGUGUGGAUUAUAGCAAGUUAUGGAUAACAUUGGAAGACUGUGCAUUUCAGAACACUUAAUUGUGCUUAUGUGGAACCUGUAUAUAUACCAAGAGGCAGUCAUUCAAGCAGAACAAGGAGAUACUGUGUGGUUUAAAGUCAGGAAGGGUAUGUGUCAAGGUUGUAUCCUUUCACCAUACUUACUCACUUUGUAUGGUAAGCAAAUAAUCCAGGAAGCCAGAGUAUAUGAAGAAUGCAGCAUCAGUAUUGGAGGAAGACUCAUUAACAACCUGCAAUAUGCAGAUGACACAAUCUUGCUUGCUGAAAGUGAAGAGGACUUGAAGCACUUAAUGAUGAAGAUCAAAGACUACAGCUUUCAGGUUGGAUUACACUUCAACAUAAAACAAAAAUCCUUACCAAUAAGCAACAUCAUGAUAAUCGGAGAAAAUAUUGACGUUGUCAAGGAUUUCAUUUUACUUGAAUCCACAAUCAAAGCCCAUGGAAGCAGCAGUCAAGAAAUCAAAUAUUGCAUUGGGCAAAUCUGUUGCAAAAGACCUCUUUAAAGUGUUGAAAAGCAAAGAAGUCAGUUUGAGAACUAAGCUGCACCUGACCCAAGCCAUGGUAUUUUCUGUCACAUCAUAUACAUGUGAAAGCUGGACAAUGAAUAAGGAAGACCGAAGAAGAAUUGAUGCCUUUGAAUUAUCGUGUUUGCAAAGAAUAUUGAAUAUACCAUGGACUGCCAGAAGAACGAACAGAUCUUGGAAGAAGUACAGCCAGAAUGCUCCUUAGAAGAGAGGAAGGCAAGACUUUGUCUCACAUGCUUUGGACAUGUUAUCAGGAAGGACCAGUCUUUGGAGAAGGACAUCAUGCUUGGUAAAGUAGAGGGUCAGUGAAAAAGAGAAAGAUCCUCAACAAGGUAGCUUGACACACUGGUUGCAACGAUGGGCUCAAACAUAGCAACGAUUGUGAGGAUGGUGCAGGACUGGGUAGUGUUUCACUCUGUUGUACAUAGGGUCCCCAUGAGUAGUAACCAACUCUAUGGCACCUAACGACAAUAACAACCCGGUGAAAUCACACCCAGGUGGGAUUUCUUGGGGAUCUGUUAUUGCUGUGACUCUGUCUAGAGUUUGUCAAAGUGUUGUUAUUGUUGGGUGCCGUUGAGUCAAUUCUGACUCAUAGUGACCCCAUGUGACAGAGUAGUAGUGUUUACUUGGCUGUAAUUUUUAGGGAUGCAGAUCACCAGGUCUUUCUCGUCUGGAGCUUCUGGGUAGAUUCGAAUUGCCAACCUUUUGGUUAGCAGCCAAGCAGUUAACCAUUGUGCCACCAGGGCUCUUUGGGCAAAGGGUGGUGUUGUUGUUGUUAGGUGCCAGCGAGUCGGUUCCGACUCAUAGCAACCCUAUGCACAACAGAACGAAACACUGCCCGGUCCAGCACUGUAUCAGACAGUGUUCCGCUGCUAUUCAUAAGGUUUUCACUGGCUAAUGCUUUUCAGAAGUAGACUGCCGGGUCCUUCUUCCUAGUCUGUCUUAGUCUGGAAGCUCAGCUGAAACCUGUCCUCCAUAGGUGACCCUGCUGGUAUCUGAAUACCAGUGGCAUAGCUUCCAGCAUCACGGCAACACACAAGCCCCCACAGUACGACAAACUGACAGACACGUGGGGGCAGGCAAAGGGUAGAGGCUCUUAAAAGUCAGAGCCAUCGUAAUCCUGCAAGACCAGGAGCAGUUUUCUAGAAGAACCAAGUAAUACACAGGAUUUUUCAUUUAUUUAAGAUACAAAACCAAAAAACCAAACCCCUUGCCACUGAGUUAAUUCCAACUUAUAGCGACCCUAUAGGACAGAGUAAAACUGCCCCAUAGGGUUUCCAAGAAGUGGCUGGUGGAUUCAAACUGACAGUCUUUUGGUUAGCAGCCAAAUGCUUUGUGUUAAAUCAAUUUGAGGUGAAAAUUAUGUCUCAGAUCUGAAACAUUUUUCAAAUCUUCAGUUACUUAAAACUGUAAAAAGUUUUAGAGACAAUUUCUGCUUGACUGCUUCACAUAUGCAAUACUUCAAGAAUAUAGCAGAAAGAAUUUCUACCUUAGGCACUAUAUUAGUUUUCUACUGCAGUAUAAUAAAUUGCCACAAACUUAGGAUCUUAAAACAACACACAAUUUUUCUCAUAGUUUCUGUGGAUCAGGAGUUCGGGCACAACUUAGCUAGGUCCUCUGCUCACUAGGUCUCACUAGGCUGUAGUCGGGGUGUCUGUCAGGGCUGCAGUCUCAUCAGAGGCUCAACUGGGGAAAGAUCUGCUUCCAAGCUCUCUCAGGUUAUGGGCAGGAUUCAUCUCCUUGUAGCCAUAAGACUAUGUGUUUCUGUUUUCUUGCUGGCUGUUGGCCUGGGGCUGCUUUCAGCACCUAGAAGCCACCCACAAUUCCUUGCCACAUAGCCCUCUCCACAGACCCUCUCACAACAGGCAGCUUACUCUUCAAGGCCACAACAGGGAGUCUUUCUGUAUGGAAUCUCUGGCCUCAGGGAGAGUCUAAGCCCUCUUUUAAAGGGCUCCCAACUAACCUUUCUUUUAAUUGAUGAAGUCAACUGGUAGAGAUUAUACAUUUGCCGUAUAAUCUAAUCUAAUCAUGGGAAUGACAUCCAUCACCUUUGUCAUAUUCUUGUGGUUAGAAGCAAGUCCCAGGUCCUGCCCACACUUGGGCAGGGUGGAGGGGGAAGGGAGGAGAUUAUGCAAGGCAUGGAGACCAGGAGAUGGGAAUCAUGGGUAGGGGGUGCCAUCCUAGGACACCCCCUGUGUCAUCACAGGCACUCGGUGAAUGGGUUAAGUUUAUAGGUGAGCUGCUCAAGCCUAUUUAAAACAAAGUGUUACGUAUCUAGAAUGCCAUUAUUGUGCAGUUUUCCUUGGGUUUAGAAUGGGAUCAGAGGGUGAAUAGUUGAGGAAAAAUGAUUCUUCCCGUCUCAUUGGAACAGGGUUUUCUCAUCCAUCAGCCCCACAUCACCCCCAGCCCUUUGGUGAUAGGCCACAUCUCUAACUCCCACAGACCUAGAGGGGCCCAGCCCUCUCACACUGCCCUAGACGUCUUGCUGACACAUCCACACAGGCUCAGCCUUGUUUCCAACCUCCCUGGGUGUCAGAUAACCUUUUUCCUGUGCAUCCCCCGUCAAAACUAUCCCACUAGCUAAGGCUGGACUCACUAGAUAAUUAGACUGAAAGCAUCAGGUGUGGAGACUAACUUUCACGGGCUCUUGCUGUUUUCUGAUAUCAGAGAGAUGUUGAGUGUUGCUGUGUUUCUCUUGAAAAUCUAAAAUAUCUUGUGGCACCCCUGUGAGUUCACCCUGUAGGGUGUCUCUUUGCAGAGUUUGGGAACUGUAGCUCUGCCCUGUGCAGGGUUUUACCUGCAUUGAGCAUUCACUUUGUAAGGUCCAGUGUUCAGGGCUAAGGAGGCAAGUGGAGGAAGAAAUACGCCAACAACUGGCUUGAACACCAAGCAGACAUGCUGUGGGAAGACAGAGGAAGGCGUGCUUAUUCCCCGGUUGAUGGGGAAGGUGGCAUUUUGCCUUAAGACAAAACAAAUAUCAGCCAUGGCAUGAUGCUUCCUGAUAAAAUGUCCUUAUAAUUUGCUUGAAGCAGAGCUGAAAUCCUUAAUAGACCAUCAGUGAGGCCUUGGUAAUCUGUUGAUUUAUUGUAGAGCAUAUGCUUCCUACUUUAGUGGUUAGUUGUUUAAUUAUCUUCAUUAGACACACUAAGGUGUGUUUUUAAAGUGAGCUUGAAGAGAAGACAUGUAAUUGUAGUCAGAGAUUAUCCCAGUUCAGCACUUACCCUUGAGCUGUCUAAGAGUCCCCCGUGGUGCUGGCAGGGCAUGGCGCCAUGUUGAACAGAGCCGGGGUGCAGUGCAGUAGAGAGAUCAAGAGCUUAGGUGGAAGGAAUGGCCUUGGAAAGGACCGAGGCUGCCUCGGCUUCCAGCCAGGGUGAUGAUGUUUCUAUAGCACUCUAGGGUGAGGGCUGUUCGGGGACGUGACUCACCCGAGAGCACAGGAUGAUUCAGUCUCCCAACACAUUGGUAACCAGUUCGCCCUGGAGUCCUGUGUGGGCAGCUCUGCCAUAGACAAAAUUUUAAAACAAUAUUAUGCACCAUUUAAGUAUAGUACGCGUGAGGGAAGAGCAGUGCAUACCCACUAAACAUAGGAAUGAUAAAUAUACUAUCCAGAGUGGUCCUCUGGAGAGUCAGAUAAGAUAGUGUGGAGGGUGCCAAGCUAUAAUAAACUAAAAACCAACUUUUUUUUUUUUUUUUGGUUUAUUAUAGCUAAGCUAUAGUCAAUUAUAUUAAAAACCCAACAAAAAAAAAAUAGUCAAUUAUAUUAGCAAUGUUUAUUUCUUAAAGAAGCUGGGUAGUGGAUAUGAGGUGGCUGAUUACGUUGUUCUUUCUAGCUUUGUGUCCUCAAUAUUUUUAAGUUUUUGAUGGGAAGAGUAUUAUUUAAUGAAUUUAUGAGAAAUAAAGUUUUAUGUUUGUGCUUGUUGGUUUGUUUUAAGGAAAACUAGCAAGUGAGCAGGUAUAUGCUAUAGGGCUGUCUAUCGUUACAGAGUUUUGGUGGCAGCUGAGCUAAAAGAAAGCCCACUGGGCAGGUGGUGGAGACUCUGUGCCCAAACCAGGCUGUACCGUGGUGUCUGCCUUCCCCCAGGCGCAGUGACCUCUGAGAGCCAUGUUUCUUCAUCAGUAAAAUGGGGGAUGGUGGUGCCAGCUUCCCUGAAAAACUGCACAGAUUAAAGAAGAUAGCAUGUGCCCAAGCCUGGCACUUACUGACCACAGAGUAAACAUCAGUUCAGCCUGGUUCUAAAAAUGUGAUGGCUUUUGGGCACUUCAAAGAAUGCAAGGGGAAAGUUAGGAAAUAUAGGAAGAUAUUAAUCUUAUUUAUUAUAUCUAUUAUCCUGUUAAAAAGCCACACUGCUGUUGAGUCAAUUCCAACUCAUAGUAACCCUGUAGGGUUUCCAACGCUGUAAAUCUUUAUGGAAGCAGACUGCCACAGAGCCGCUGGUAGUUUCAAACUGCCGACCUUUUGGUUAGCAGUCAAACACUUUAACCACCAUGCCACCAGGGCUCUUUUAUCCUAUUACAGAACAUAUUUAUAUUUAUGGAAAUGGCUUCAUUCUGUAAUUAGAACAAAAAAAAGCAAUAAGUAGAAUUGUUUCAAUUUUAAUUCUUUAAUUUUUCCAACCCCAAAAUCAUCUGAGAUAUUUGGUAACGCUGCAUUAUGCCUGAAACAAAUUGAACCAUGAAACUACUGGCCUGUGAAAUGAUUAAACGAAUUGAAAAUGUGUGUAAACAACCGGAUUAAAAAUAACGUAAGAGUCCAAGUAGAAGCCCAUUAACAAAAGAAAUGGUGUUUAAUUUUAUUUAUGGCAUAUUUUGGUGUUUUCCUUUUUUCUCUCCCUUUUUUUAAAUGUGUCUCUAUAAUUGAUAGAUACACAAAGUGAUUGAAUAACAGAAUUUCAGCCUAAAAGGGAACCUGGGAUUUUUUAGUUUUUUAAAUUUUUUUUUAAAUGAAACUGUAUUCUCCUUUGGUUCAUGAGUGUUUAUUUGAUGGAAAGUGCAUGUU